CUGUUUGUGUUUAUAGUACGAUUAGCAAUAGAUUUGUAAUAAAAAUUAGCACAAUCUUGACCUUCAUGAAUGGUUGAUAGUUGUAUAACAAGUAAAAUUGAUAGCACAUAUGCAUUUCGCAAAUUUUCUGAAAAUGUUAUCAGUUAGGUACCCAUAGGAAAAACUCGGUUUUCCUGGUGCGGUAUGUAUGGAGAAUUUAUCUAAAAGGAAUAAAAAGGGUUGUGUGACAGUAACUCAUCUCACUCAUGAGAACCCAGCUCUCUUUGUAGCAUAAGAGUCAAUUAUAUUAUAAUCUUCGGAUUUUCAUGAUUUUAGGAUGAAGUCUCUCAGUAUUAUUGUUGUUUGCCUCUUAUUCAAUACUUGUGCCAGUGAUCCAUUGCCAGCCAAUAGUCUACGGUUAGUUGUUGCAGUUUUUCGACAUGGUGAGCGUACACCUACCAGUACAUAUCCCAAUGACCCUCAUAAAAAUAAGGACUAUUAUCCCUUGGAGUGGGGUGCCUUGACCAAAAUAGGAAGAAAAAACCAGUAUGAGAUAGGAAAACUGCUGAGAACCAGGUACAAGUCAUUUUUGAGCGAAAUCUACUCUCCAAGGUUUAUGAAGGCUCAAACAACCGACAUUGACCGAACUAAGAUGAGCAUGCAGUUGGUGCAGGCUGGACUGUAUCCACCAAUAGAGACACAGAGAUGGAAAAAUGACUUGAACUGGCAGCCAAUACCCUACAAGCAUGAGCCAUUAUUUCAGGACAAGCUUCUACUUGUGACUAUACCUUGUUUCCGCUACUAUGAAGCGAUGAAAGAAAUCAUGGAAUUGGAAGAAGUGAAGCAAUUGAUAAAGAAAAAUGAGCCAACUUUUGAGUUUCUGACCAACAAGACAGGAAUGGAGGUGAAAAGUUUCAAUCAUUCGCUUUACAUCCAAGGAAUCCUAAGAGCUCAGGAAGACCUGAAUUUGAAACUUCCAAAUUGGACAGAAAAGGUUUAUCCAGAACCAUUGAAUCAAUUGGCUGCUAAAGCUCUCACUUUGAAUGCAUACACACCUGAAUUGAGAAGGAUUAAAGGAGGACCACUUUUGAAAACCAUUCUAGGGCAUUUGACUGAUAGAAGCAAGAAGUUGACAGCUAAAGGGAAUCAAUUGUACUUGUAUGCCGCUCAUGAUUUGACAAUUGCCCACCUUUUGAACGCACUGGGAGUGUGGAAAGAACAUGUUCCCGAUUAUAACUCAUUGAUUCUCAUGGAGUUGCACCAGUUGAAUCGAAAUGAAUCGUAUGGAGUCAAGAUAUUUUAUCGUAAGUCCGAAGAUCAUGAGCUUGAUGAACUCAAACCAUUUGGAUGUGGAGGAGUAUGUUCUCUACAGGAAAUUCAGCGAUUAACAAAAGAUGUGAUUCCAACUGAUUUGAUCGAGCAUUGCAAGCCAAGGGAUCCAAAAUUUGUAUCAACUUGAGAACAUUCAAACACUUUUGAGAAAAACAGCAUACAAAGUGUCAGACUGAACCAACCAUUUUGAUAAUUAAUUGUGUUGAUAAAAUAAGAUAUUUGAUGAUGUGGAAAUAAAAUUGAACUGAAUAAUUAUAAUGAAUAGCACUAAGAAUUACUGUAUAAUACUCUGUGAUAAUAAUAUUGUUGAAUUUAUUUUUGCGAGAAAUAUAAUGUAAUUGAACUAUUUUAACAUAUCUUGUUAACUUGCAAUAUGAAUAUUUCGUUUCUGUUGACUAUCCUUCAUUUCAUAAUAUCCUUCACAGUAUCCUAUUAUAAAUCAAUGUUUGGCAGCUGUAGGCUACCUAUUACCUAAUUCCACUUAUUCAUUUCAUUCGAACAUACAGUAAAACACAUACCUACGGUAACAUUCAUUGAUUUGUAAUUCUUGGGAUUUUUAAUUGUCUGUUUACUUAAAAACUUCUCCAUAUGAGAGAGAUUGUUUAUUUUGACGUUUCCAAUAGCAUUUUAAUGCUUUGAAGACAUAGAAAGUUAUUUCCUUCAUUGAUUGUUUCUUCAGGGGUAUCCACCGCCACUCCCAUAGCCCAUGGACGCAUCCCCCUGAAUUUAGAAAAAAUUCCUUCCCCAUACAAGAAAAAAUCGCCAUAGUCAUUUUAAACCAACCCCCUCUGUGGGUACCCCUAGAUUAUUUUACAGCUCUAAUGCCUUGCAGUUUUAACUAACACCUAAUACUAAAAUGUUUAUAGUAUAAACUUCUCUAAUAAUUUUGUCUGUGAUAAGGUGAAGUAAUUAGGCCUACUGUAAUGUAAAUGCAAUCACCUUACGUACCGUACAAUUUCUAGCAUUUUCUGCGUUUUCUCAAUUUUCAAAAAAUGAACAGAAAAUGUUCAAAUUCAGCACAGAAGUUCAGCUAACGUGUGGAAAUGUUGUACAGUACCAGAAAGGGCUUUCAAAUAUAACGCCAAAGAUACGCCGCCCAAAAUCAUUGGGUUUUCAGCAUUAUUCUGCUUGUUUCUUCAGAUUAUUCAAAAUCUAAUUGAAAGAAAAAGUUCAAAUGUAGUAAGUGGGUCAUUAUUGGCUUUGAAAUAACGUUAAUAUCUUCGUCUUUCUGCAUUUUUACAGCUUUUUCGAAAAAGAAAACAUUCUCAAAUUAAAAAUGCGGGCGAGGAAAGUGAGGCGAAGCCCUCUGGCUAGGUGGAUAAGGCGAGCGAAGCGAUCCAACCGGCUAGUAUUUUUUGACAAAGACACCAGUAUAGUCGCGCGUGAGCAAUUUACUCACAGAGAUGACACGUCAAUAAAUACGCCACAGUGAGUGUCAGGCAUAAGCCAUUCAUUUGUAGUCGUCAUUCAAUGUAUAAGCUUAGUAGAGAGUAUCAUAUCAGUGAUAGAGAGACAUAUCAGUGAGCCUCAUAGAGGACAGCUGCAGUGAGGAUUAUAUCGGCUAUUAAUCAGGAAUUAAGAAAUACUGUAGGCCUAUUUCCAAAGUAUUACAAAAAUAUCAUUUUGCUCAGGGUGCGAGUACUGGCGUGUUAAUAACGCAGCUCAAAAGAGGAGUGUGAGUUAAUUAUCAUCAUAAUUUUCAAAGUUGACUGUGAUUUGGAACUUGGGAUGAAGUGUCUCAGUAUCAUUGUUAUUGGUUUUUGCCUCCUGUUGAAUAAAUGUGCCGGUGAUCCAUCAGUGCCGGUGCACAGUCUUCGCUUGGUGGUUGCU